UGUUAAGGACUCAAAAUGAUUUAUUCAAAAUUUUCUGAGUUAUUAGGUCCGGUCUCAAGUUACCAGGUCACUUCCAUAAGACUUUUAGAUGUCGCAGUAUGUUUCUUCGUGCUCGAGUUGUUUCUUACCGGGUCUGGAUUGUUGCUUGAUGAUUUCCUCCCAUGGAAAAUCUGGAACGAGUUGACUAUCACAAAAAUAUCCGUUACCGCCGUGCGAUUAUUAUUGAUCGAAUUGUUUGGGGAACAAGAGUUGAAAGAGUACGUGCCUAUCCAACUGACCAGAUCGAGGAGCGGCUACAGGUUGGAGCGAGACGUGGAAACUGGUUGUCUCACCACAAAACACCAUAAAAGACUAUUGGAGAAACAGAGAGAGGACAAGAAGCUCGAGAGUACCGAGUUAGCCUCAAUACAUUCUCCAACUUCUAAAGCAGCCCCUGUUACUAUACUGAAUGGUGAGGCACAACUGGAAAAGAUCUUGGAGGAGGAUAUGGAGAGGUGCGAAAUGGAGGUAAAGGCUCUAGAGUUGAGGGAGACGAUUUCGACUACGACUACUGCCAGUGUGAGCCCGGGGACCCCGUCGGAGUCCAGGGAAUUGAUAGCCAAUGGGAGACAGUACAGUUUUAACUCCAGACAGUACUAAAGAGGUUUAUGUCACAGAUACCAGUUCGGACCAUAUUAUAAUAUUUAAGGCAUUUAGAGCUUUGCCUAAAUAGGCUCAAUUAGUCGAUAUUUUACUUGUUUUACUCUCUAUAGUCUGUCUUUGUUUACGUGUAAAUUCGAAGGAAUAUCUUACGUCCAUGCUUUAAAGCUACUCUGAUCUCUCAUGUAGUCUAGCUUAGUAGCGUUUAAGUACAGGGUCACUUAUAUGACGGAUUUGAUAAGGAAAUUGUGCUAUCUAGUGCGACAGUUAACUGGAUUUUCUUGCAUAAGUUAUCUGACUUGCUGUCAAGAAUAUUUAAUAAUUUUUUUGUACUAAUUCUUAAAAAUCACUUAAAUUUCCGAUCAAGUUGAGGAUUUUUUGAAAAGUCUUGUACACAGUUUAAUAUCAACAAAAUUUUACUUCUUGAAUAAGUUUAAAAUUGAACAAGUCUGUAUUUUGGUGUUUCUGAAACAUUGGAAAUAGUUUACUGACAUAAUAUUAAUUGGAAAUUUUGCAUUUUUUCAAACUUCUAUAAAAUUUACCUGAAUUUUCAAAAAAAUUGCAAAAAUUUUCUAUGUGUGUGUGUCCUUCUAUCUCGCUCUUUCUCAACUGCCUGGAAGAAAUAUAUAAUUAUUUACUAAUUCCAGGCAGUUGAUCGAGUCAUACUUCAAAUUCUUUUUAAAAUUUCAAGAAGAAAAUAGAAAAAAAAAUUAUAAAAAUUACGCCUCUUGCCUUAAAAAUGUAAGAAAUUAAAAAAAAAUUAUUGUCUUUUAAAACAAAAAAUUGAAUAAAUCUUUGCCUUAUUAUUUUUAGAAAAUAUGAAAAAGCCAUUUAGAAUAUUCAAUUUUUUUUUUAUUAUUAUACAUUCUUAGAUAUCUAAGAAAUUUCCAAACACACAAAUUUAAUCAGUUUUUUUAACGUUAUUUAAUAAAUA